UUGUAUUUUGAUUAUAAUAAUUGCUACGAAACUUGUAAUACAAAGCUUCCCUUGAACAGCUGAUAACAAGAAUUGUAGCUAAUAAUACAAUCUGUCAGCAUAUUUUGAAGAAUUCUGUUUCGAAAAUCAAAUUUCUGAAAUCACGAUUAUGAAGUCUUUUGCUACCUCUCCGGGGAGAUCCAUUACUUUUCCACAUCUUGAUGACAAUUUACCACAAAAUCAGAUUUCUGUUGCUAGCUGUUCUUUCAACGACAAAGAGAAUGACAUUAAGGACACAGGAAAAAACAGCAGUUUUACAUUUAGGAUUCAUGACCAUGUGAAAAUGGGUCCUAAUCUGUCUGAGAUUCUGAAGGGGAAGUUGAGUUUGGGGGCAAGGAUUAUACAAGAAGGAGGAAGAGGGAACAUCUUCAAGAAUGUUUUUGGGAUGCAAGAAAAAGAACAAUUGUUAAAGGCCUCUCAGUGUUAUGUAUAUACCACAGCUGGUCCUAUUGCAGGAGUUCUCUUUAUCUCAACUGAAAAGGUUGCAUUUUGCAGUGAAAGGCCAAUAACCUUCAGUUCUGUGACAGGAGAGUUAGCCAAGGCACCAUACAAGGUUUUGAUUCCAAUAGGUAGAAUAAAAGAGGUCAAUGGAAGCCAGAAUGUGAAUAAUGUAGAACAGAAGUACAUAGAGAUAGUGACAGAGGAUGAUUCUGAAUUUUGGUUUGUGGGGUUCUUGCGGUACGAGAAAGCUCUUAAGAAUCUUAACAAAGCCAUUUCCAUGUCCAAUCAUAACCUAAAGGAGUGAAUGUUAGCCUUCUAUAUUUUGUGAAGAACAUAGUUUUAUUUUUGUGUUGGGUAGUUAAGCUUUAUAAUGUGAAAUACUUAGUUUUAUUUUUCUGUUGGGGAUGAUUAACAGCUGCUGAUGACCAAUUUGUAUAGGUUUAAGGUAUAAAAAAGGGUUGAAGGAAGU